UCUAAACUUUCCUUGCCUGCUCGUCCCUGGGAAAAACCAAUGAAGCAGAGUUUUGCCUUUGACAAUGUUGGCUACGAAGGGAGUCUGGAUGGCAUAUGCUCCUCACCAACGACCAGCAGCACAAUCAGCAUUCUGGGCAUGACUUGCCAGUCAUGUGUCAAGUCCAUUGAGGACAGGAUUUCUAGUUUGAAAGGUGUUGUGAGCAUUAAGGUUUCACUGGAACAAGGCAGCGCAGCAGUGAAAUAUGUGCCAUCCAUCAUGAGCCUGCAACAGAUUUGCCAUCAAGUCGGGGACAUGGGUUUUGAGGCCAGCAUUGCAGAAGGAAGGGCUGCCUCCUGGCCCUCAAGGUCCUCAUCAGCCCAGGAGGCAGUGGUCAAGCUCCGGGUAGAGGGCAUGACCUGUCAGUCCUGUGUCAGCUCCAUUGAAGGCAAGGUCCGGAAACUGCAAGGAGUAGUGAGAGUCAAAGUCUCCCUUAGCAACCAAGAGGCCGUCAUCACUUACCAGCCUUAUCUCAUUCAACCCGAAGACCUCAGGGACCAUGUAACUGACAUGGGAUUUGAAGCUGCCAUCAAGAACAAAAUGGCUCCCUUAAGCCUGGGACCAAUUGACGUCAGUCGGUUAGAAAGCACUAACCCAAAGAGAUUGUCAGCUUUUGCUAACCAGAAUUUCAAUAACUCUGAGACCUCGAAGUACCAAGGAAACCAUGUGGCCACCCUCCAACUGGGAAUAGAGGGAAUGCAUUGUAAAUCUUGUGUUUUGAAUAUUGAAGGAAAUAUAGGCCAACUCUCAGGGGUUCAAAAUAUUCAAGUGUCCUUGGAGAACAAAACUGCCCAAGUCCAGUAUGACCCUUCUCUUAUCACCCCUUUGUCCCUAAAGAGGGCCAUUGAGGCACUUCCACCUGGGAAUUUUAAAGUUUCUCUUCCUGAUGGAGCAGAAGAGAGUGGGCCAGAGACUGGAUCUUCUGAGAUUCCAUCCCAUGGCUCCCCCCAGAGAAACCAGAUGCAGGAUGCGUGCAGAACUGUGGUGCUGUCCGUCACUGGCAUGACCUGUGCGUCCUGUGUCCAGUCCAUUGAAGGCACAGUCUCCCAGCGGGAAGGGGUGUGGCAAAUAUCGGUCUCUUUGGCUGAAGGGACUGGAACGAUUCUUUAUGAUCCCUCUGUAAUUACACCAGAGGAACUCCGAGCUGCUGUAGAAGACAUGGGAUUUGAGGCUUCAGUGAUUCCUGAAAACUAUUCUACCAGCCAUGUUAGAAAUGACAGUGCUGGGAAUUCUAUGCUACAAACUACAGGCAGCACACUUGGGUCUGUGAAGGAAGUGGCUCCCUGUGUCAGGGUGCUCCCUGAGAACCACGGUCCUGGCCACUCAUCAAAUACCCCACCACCCACCAGUACAGUAGCCCCACAGAAGUGCUUUUUACAAGUCAAAGGCAUGACCUGUGCAUCCUGUGUGUCUAACAUAGAAAGGAAUCUUCAGAAAGAAGCUGGUAUUCUCUCUGUAUUGGUUGCCUUGAUGUCGGGAAAGGCAGAGGUCAAGUAUAAUCCAGAGGUCAUCCAGCCACCCACAAUUGCUCAGCUCAUCCAGGACCUGGGCUUUGAGGCAACAGUCAUGGAAGACAACGCAGGCUCUGACGGUGAUAUCGAGCUGAUUAUCACGGGGAUGACCUGUGCUUCCUGUGUUCACAACAUAGAGUCCAGACUCACCAGGACAAAUGGCAUCACCUAUGCCUCUGUAGCCCUCGCCACCAGCAAAGCCCAUGUGAAGUUUGAUCCAGAAAUCAUUGGUCCACGGGAUAUUGUGAAAAUUAUUGAG